CGAAGGGGCUCUACGUCUUUACUCUUUAGGUUCUCCAAGUUAUCUUCUUUCCUUCUUCACAAUCAAAAACUCAUCCUAUAACCUUUCUUUAUUACAUUGCCCUUCUUCCUCCAUAUAGCUUCCUCCUUUUAAAGCUUUUUACUAUGCUUCUAAGCAAUUCCCACAUGGUUGUCCCGGGAUACAGAUCCAUUAUCUCGCCGGGAAACUUCACGACGAGCCCGAGAGGUCCCUUAGAUAUGAAGCUGCCGUCGCCUGGUAGCACAAAGCGGUACGAUGACGGUGGAGUGGGGUUAGGCAUCGUCGCUGCGCUUGAGAAAUCUGGAAGCAUCAUGAGGCUCAACCGGCAAGAGAUCUCGUCGCCGAGACAAAACCCGGUUUACUACUCUGGUUCCGGUUCGAACAGAUCAAACCCGGUUCAUUGUCCCCGGAGAAAUCAGUUUCAGGCGGAGAUUGAACUCUCUGAGGAAUACACUUGCGUCACGAGUCGUCGUGAUGGCGUGAGCAAGGUUUAUUACAACGACGAAAAGUUUGAGUUUCGUGACGAUCGAUCGGAGGGUGAUCGUCGUGAGCGGAGAUUGGACAAAUCGACGGAAACAGCUGAAGAAUCAGCGGCGAAGAAGAGAGAUGUGUUGAUGAAAGAUUCUCAAGAGUUUCUGAGUUUGUGUUGCUUGUGUAAGAAGAAACUUCGAGGCAAAGACAUUUACAUGUACAAAGGAGUUAGAGGGUUUUGUAGUAAAGAGUGUAGAUCGGUGAGAAUAAUGGAGGAUAAUAUAGACGCGCAACAUAAAUCGACAAGCAUUGAGGUUUUGAGCUCUCGGUGUACCGGAGGACAAGUUUCUCCAGCUGGAAUAUUCGUAAUAUAAAGGAUUUACUAAUUUAGAAUUGUGAUCAGCGGUUGAUUGAUUAUACUAGGCCUGCGCGUUCGGGUUCGGAUCGGGUCUUCCGGAUUUCGGUUCUAUUUUGUAACACUCUCUAGGUCUCAUUCUAGUAAAUUUACAAGUACGGAUCAGAUUCGUAUAUAACACUACUGUUUCGGAUCGGUUCAGA